AUGAGACUCUUCCUCCUGCCCAUCUCGACGCGACGAACGCUGCUGUACAGCCAGAAGCUGCAGACCCUACCCUCCGAAAAGCAGACGUACCUAGACAAGGCGACCAUCAAGGCCGCGACGCUCUGGGCUGGCUGGGAAAAGAAAGAAUCCGGCUGGCAGAAGAAGGUCGUUGAGUAUGGCAACUAUGCGCUCAGGAGGAUCCCCUACGAGGAAUGGGGACUGAAGUCGGUUCCGCCCUUGUCGACCCGCCGGAGAGAGGAGGAGAUCCUGGGCAAGGAGAAACACCACCUUAUAUACCCUCAGUCUGUCAUCCCCACGACCAAGGCUACAGGCGUCCUACGCACGUUGGGCACGGAACGAGAGUCAUUGCACAAGUCCAGGUUGAUAUGGUGCUUCGUCGGAAUGCCCAUCAGCGCACCGUUUGCGCUUAUACCUAUAAUUCCCAACCUGCCCUUCUUCUAUCUCGUCUACCGCGCGUGGUCGCAUUGGCGAGCUCUCGCUGGCGGCAGACACAUCAAGUGGCUUGCUGAAAACGACUUCCUCACGCUGGCGCCGUCCAAGGUCCUAGACACAAUCUACACGCCUCUUCUGCUGCCAGAUUCGCCAGGACAGAUGGUCACAGAUGCAAAGUCGGAGUCGGCCCCUUCGAUCAAUGAGGGACCGCUGGAAGGCGAUGAGAAGAUGCUGUUGACGCAGGACCACGGGCGGGAACUUGUGAGAGCGCUGGAGAUACCGGAACUCGAGGUCGAGCUGGAGCGGGCGAUCUGGCAGGUCGAAGACGCCAUCUCUCAGAAGAAGAAGCAAAAAGAAGAAGAAGAGAAUUCCAAGGCCGAUGACUCGGCUUCAACAACAUCCGAUUCGUCAAAUUCGGAUUCGGACAAGAAGUGA